AUGGGUGAAACUGCCAACAAGAUUGGCCGUGGCCUGGCCAAGGGUCUCGGUAUCAAGGUCGCCUACAGAGAUCCUAUGGGCCCCAGUGACGCUGUCACUAGAGGCGAGUCGACUUUCUCCGUCGGCACCGUUGAUACCUGUGCCUACAACGAACCAGAGCCCAGCAGCAUUGAAUGGAUUUGCGAGAUUACUCCCACUGGCAAGCAGGUUGCCGAUUACUUUAUCAGCCUGUUUCCCUUCUUGACAUGGAUUACUCGCUAUAACUUGCAAUGGCUUAUGGGUGAUUUGGUAGCUGGUAUCACUGUUGGUGCCGUUGUGGUGCCACAGGGUAUGGCCUACGCUAAAUUGGCCGAGGUGCCCGUGCAAUACGGACUAUACUCCUCAUUUAUGGGUGUUUUGAUCUAUUGGUUUUUUGCGACUUCAAAGGAUAUUACCAUUGGCCCCGUGGCUGUCAUGUCUACCCUGACCGGUACGAUUGUGCUUCAGGUCCAGGCCACAUACCCUGACUAUCCCGCUCAUGCGAUUGCCUCGUGUCUCGCUGUGAUCCUGGGUGCUAUCGUUUUCUUCCUUGGAAUGAUCCGUCUGGGUUUCAUCGUGGAUUUCAUUCCCCUCCCCGCUAUCUCAGCUUUCAUGACUGGUUCCGCCAUCAACAUUGCCGCUGGACAGGUUAAGACCAUGCUUGGAGAGACCGCUUCCUUCUCCACCCGUGAUGCGACCUACCUGGUGAUCAUUAACACCCUCAAAUACCUCCCAACUGCGGGUCUUGAUGCCGCUAUGGGUGUCAGCGCUUGUGCGAUGCUGUACCUCAUCCGCUCCGGUUGCACCUACAUGGCAAAGAAGUACCCGAACAAGGCGAGAAUUUGGUUCUUCGCCUCGACUCUCCGCACCGUGUUUGUCAUUCUGUUCUACACCAUGAUCAGUGCGGCUGUCAACUUGCACCGCAAGAAGCCUCUUUUCAGUUUGCUGGGCCAUGUGCCUCGCGGUUUCACUGGUGCCGGCGUGCCGGAUAUGAACGUUGAUAUUAUCAAGGCCUUUACCAGCCAGCUCCCAGCUGCCGUUAUCGUUCUCUUGAUUGAGCACAUUGCUAUCUCCAAGUCUUUCGGCCGUGUCAACAACUACACUAUCAACCCCUCGCAGGAGUUCGUCGCCAUUGGUGUUGCCAACUUGCUCGGUCCUUUCCUGGGUGGUUACCCUUCCACUGGCUCUUUCUCCCGGACUGCUAUCAAGUCCAAGGCCGGUGUGCGGACCCCUCUGGCUGGUCUGAUUACCGCUGUUGUUGUGCUUCUGGCCAUCUACGCCCUGACUGCGGUUUUCUACUACAUCCCCGAGGCCUCUCUGGCCGGUGUCAUCAUCCACGCUGUGGGUGAUUUGAUUACUUCGCCCAACACUGUCUACCAGUUCUGGCGUGUCUCCCCGCUUGAUGUCUUGAUCUUCUUCAUCGGUGUUCUCGUCACUGUUUUCACUUCCAUUGAAGAUGGUAUCUACUGCACCGUUUGUGUAUCCGUCGCUGUGCUGCUGUUCCGUGCCGCCAAGGCUCGUGGCCAGUUCCUUGGUCGGGUUACCGUUCACUCCGUGGUUGGUGAUCACCUGUUGGACAACGAUGGAAAAUACGGCUCUCUUGGAAACAACAACACUCCUCCUGACCACGACGAGCACCACCACCGCUCGAUUUUCCUUCCUGUCAACCAUGCCGACGGUUCCAACCCCGAUAUCGAGCUCGAGCAGCCUUACCCCGGUAUCUUCAUUUACCGUUUCUCCGAGGGCUUCAACUACCCCAACGCCAACCACUACACAGAUGCUUUGGUCCAGACCAUUUUCAAGGGUACCCGCCGCACAAACCCACACGCCUACGCUCGCCGUGGUGACCGUCCCUGGAACGACCCGGGCCCACGUCCUGGCAGAGAACACGAGGAGACCAAUGAUGAUCGCCCGCUCCUGCAGGCCGUUAUCCUGGAUUUCUCUUCUGUCAACAACGUGGACACCACCUCCGUUCAGAACCUCAUCGACGUGCGCAACCAGCUGGAUCUGUAUGCCUCUCCCCGUACCGUGCAGUGGCACUUUGCCCACAUCAACAACCGCUGGACCAAGCGCGCCCUCUCCGCCGCCGGCUUCGGUUUCCCCUCCCCGACCUCCAGCGACGGUUUCCACCGCUGGAAACCCAUCUUCAGUGUCGCCGAGAUCGAGGGCAGUGCCUCCGCCGCCGCUCACGCCGAGAUGAUCAACAACCAGCGCGAACAGGCCCUGCACAAGCACGAUAUCGAGGCCAACAUCACCAAGUCUGGCUCAACUGUAGAGCGCGAGACGGAGACCAUCGAGUCCACCUCUUCUCACUCCCAGGACAGUGGUAUCAUCACCGAGGACAAGCAGCUGCAACACGACCUCAAGGACAGCAAGGCUUACCGUGGCCGUCGCAAGGUUGCAUUGGUCCAAGGCAUGAACCGACCUUUCUUCCACAUCGACUUGACCGCCGCCCUGCAAAGUGCCGUUGCCAACUCGUCGGAUGUGAUCCCGGAGAUCCACUAA